GGUGCCGUCAAUCAGAGGUUUGCGCCCGUCACUCAGCGCAGGAAGAUGGCAGCUGGAAGUUGCGAGCGCUGGAACUGAGAAAGUGACAAUGCAGCAGCUGAAGGAUUGGGGUGCAGUUUAGCCCUGUGUGUUUUUAUUUACCCUGAAGCACUGGAAGAACAUUUGGAUUUUCAGUAAGAUGACCCAGUGUGAGUUUGAUAGUUUUCUCGAAUUAAUGUUAAUUUUGCUUAAUAAAUCCAAUGAGCCAUUUUUUAAAUUAAGGAAAAGUGAAGACAAGGUAAUGAAGUCUGAAUUUUAAAAUUCCUGUCUUUGAUCUGAGUAAAAUAGAUUCCAAAAUUUUUAGCUUAUUUCAAAGUCUGAUAUAGAAUAAAGCAAAAUGUACCCUUUAAUCAAAACACAAUGAACUGGCAAAGGCUGUUUUUACCACGAUAACCUUCUCUACAUUACCAGUACCACUUCUGUCCCAUUCAACCAUAAUUUGCUUUGAAUAUUACAUUUUGGAUUAAAAUGUGAGAUGUUCUGCUGAAUUGUCUACCUCUUUUCAUGUGUUGAAAUCUGCUUUUUCUGUAAAUUUGGUGACUAGUGCACUGACACCCUUGCACUUUCCAUUGUUUUGGUGUGGGUUAAAGCUACAUUGAAGAAAAGCAAAUGAGGGGUUUCAAUUCAGAAUGUUGAUUGUCCAUUCCUUUCCAUGCAUGCUGUUGACCUUGUGAGUUCCUCCAGCAUUUUGUGUGUAACGCUGGCAUUCCAGCAUCUGCAGAAUCUCUUGUGUUGAAGAAAAACAGCGAGUUCUAGGCAUAAUUCCUCCUUCAACCAAUGUUUAUUUAUCUCAGUACUUGGCUGCCACAUUUAUUGUUGUGAUUUAAUAUUGUAGGUGAAGUACUAUGAGGUCAUUUUGAUUAAAAAUCAAACCAUGCAUGUCUACACUUCUCAGAAUCAAAAUCAGGUUUAUUAUCACCAUCCUGUAUGACGUGAAGUUUGCUGUUUGUGCAUUAACACAAAAUUAAUACAAAUUACAAAAUAAAUAGUGCGAUAAAAAAUGAAUAACGAGGCCUCUGCUCUGCUUUGUUUUACUGCCAAUGAUGAUUCAGCCACAAUAAUUAAGCAACUUUAUGUACAUUUAGGUGCUUCUGAAGUGUAGAUUGUUGUUGUUCUUUUCCACACCUUGUAUGCACAGAGGGCGACAACCUUACUGUUUCUUUAACAUUUUUGUCUUUUUUUUGAGGUUGGGUUGCUGGCUCAUUGCUCAACCCAACGCGGAUGGAAAGUGUGCAAGGAGCCGGCUGGUUUCGAAUGCGGGACCGCUCACCUCGAGGUCCAGUGUGGAUAACACUACACCACCAGUCGGUGGAGUGUAGAUACCAUUUUGGUAUUGGAAGCAUGGUAGCCAAUUUACCCUGCAGACUUGAGUGAAGGGCAGAAUGAAAAAAAAAUCAGGUAGACGAGGCAAGCGCAAACAUCUUGCUUCCUCAGAUUGCUUGUCUCUGAGUAACAGCAGCGUGGGUGCAUUCUCACUGACACAGCCAUUCAGUUAUAUGGGCACAGGCAGAGAUUUGCAUAGGGGUCUGUACCCAAAGAGCAGGAAAGCAGCAGGCCAGUUAUGCCAUCUCCAAAGACAGCAGGCGGAUGACACGCGGAGGCCUUCUGAGGAUGCGACCAGCGGUGAAGCCAGUGUCGGCCAGUCAAGCUCUGGGCUCGAUUUUGCUUUCGACCCCAAAGAUUUUCUUUCCAGUGAUGCGUCCAUUGAAAAUGACGUGUUGGUUCUGAAUUCAAACUCCAGCAGAAAACCACCUGUGCUGUCACCAGGGUGUUCAAGCAGCGAUAGUGGAUUGGACCGCUCCACAAGGAGCCUGGAAAAUGCCCCUGUCACCCUGCAGCAGAAUAACAUGAGAGCUGGAGUCACUGGUGCUGAGCUAGAGGUUGAACCUCUCCCUGAUUCCUACUUUGGAUUGUUGGGAUGCACAGGCUCCCAGGCGCUGCCUUCCGGACACAUCUCCCAGCUCCCAGAUGAAAUGCUCAGGGCUGUGUUCUGUCACCUGCCAGCGGUGGAUCUGUAUGGCUUCAGACUGGUCUGUCAGCAAUGGAGACGUGUUCUCAGUGACCCAAUGUUUGUGCCAUGGAAAAGACUGUACUAUCGAUACAGGAAGGGCGAAAGAAGUGCCAUGAUGGAAGUUGACAGGAUUCUGAAAGAAAACAAAAUCACAAAGGGUGACAAACAGUGCAUAUUAAAUCUUGUAAGAUAUGUGGCAUCGUUCCAGCAUGCAAGAACUGUAAACUCUGAAGCAGUCCUGGAUUGUCUUAAGGACCAUCCUGUCUUCAACCAGUCCAAAUUAUGCAUUAACCAGAUCCUUCCAGAUGUUCUCGGAGCAGCCAGGACUAUAAGCACAUGGGCGAUACUGGCUGUGAUUGUUCUCCUGUCCGGUAGUGUACAAGAAAUCCAGACACUUAUUUCCUCUCUGGGGCAGCCUUGUUCGACUCUCCCACCGACAGAGUUAAUGGAAGUCCUGUACUGCAUUGCAACAUUACUCUUUGCCCUUGGAGAAAAAGAUAUCGGCAUCAGCAACAGGAUCCAUUAUAAUCUGUUCUGUGCGCUCUACUUGAGGGAGAAUCCAGUCUGCAGAAAGCAGCCAAAGCAUGUCUGUUCUCCAGACUCCAGCAGGCUUGAGAGGGAUAAUGUAUAUCUGAGUUCUGAGCUGGAGCGUGUGCUGAAUUAUGAAACCCUCCCAGACGGUGUGAUAAAAAUAAUGGGACUUGCAGGUACAGGUAAAACGUCAUUGCUGAUUACGUAUGCACGGCACAGACCUCACCUCCACUUCCUGUUUGUACUUCCCAACAAGCUUGCUCCAGAGGAGGUCAGUUACCAUUUCCCUCCGAAUGUGGAGUGUACAACCAUGCACACCAAAGCCUACCAGUGCAUUGGGUACAAAUACCAUCAGAAAAAGAAGCUUAUUCAUUGUGGUCUGAAGCCAUUUGCUGUUUCAAGAUUUGCUGAAGGACAGGGUGGCCUUUCUCGAGCAAGUUUGAUCUGCCGGAUCCUCAGUGCCUUUUUCUCCUCAGCGGAUGCAUCUAUCACUGUAGCUCAUGUACCGGACGAAUGCAAGAGCACGUAUGGAGGUACCAGGUCAAUGGAACAUCACGAAAAAUUAGAGCUGGUUGGAGAUGCAGAGAGGAUUUGGAAAAAGAUGGUGGAUCUUCAUGAACCCAACUACUUCAUGACUCAUGAUGGAUAUCUGAAACUUUGGCAACUUAGCAAACCCAAUCUGUCACAAUUUGAUGUCCUCCUUUUGGAUGAAGCUGAAGAUUGUAGUCCAGCCAUUAUGGACAUCAUACUUUCUCAGAAAUGUGGGAAGAUUCUUGUGGGAGAUCCACACCAACAGAUCAGUAAUUCCAGGAGUCCUUUUGACGCUCUCUGUGAAGCUCACCACCCUCAACUGUUCAGUCUAACGCAAAGUUUCAGGUUUGGACCCCAAAUAGCUUAUGUGGCAGCAACAAUAUUGGAAGUGUGCAAACAAGUCAAAGACAAGACCUUGGUUGGCGGAAAUGAAGAUGGUAACGCUAGUCAAAACUCAGUUGGGCAGGUGGCAGUUCUAUGCAAGACUACAGCUGCUGUGUUCGACGAAGCUGUGCGUAUUGUGACCAGCAGCAAUCCAACCAAGAUGUAUUUCAUUGGGGGACUUGUUAAGUUUGGAAUGAGCACAAUACUUGACAUUUGGAUGUUAACAAUCUUGGAGAAGGGACAAGCAACCAAAGACCUUGUGAUCCGGGAUCCAUUCAUCCGGAUGUUUGAAGGCAAAGGUGGUUGUCAUGGACUGAGAAAGUAUGCGGUACAAGCUGAAGACUCGGAGCUGGAGGAGAUGAUUGCAGUUGUGGAGAAGUACAGUCUGGAAAUUCCUACGCUAGUGGAGAAAAUCACCAACCUCUGUGUCAAUUGCCCAUCAUUUGCAAGUGUUGUUCUGGGAACCGUGCACAAAGCAAAAGGAUUGGAGUUUGAUACAGUUCAGAUUGCUGAAGACAUUAUAAAAGUUCCUGGCUUUCGACAUAACCCUAUUGUUCUUUCACAGUUCAAGAUAGACCUGGUCCCGUGUAUCGACUGGAACUUGCUUUAUAUUGCCGUUACCCGUGCAAAGAGGCGUCUAGUGAUGAGCCGGUCUUUGGAAUGUCUUCUCUCCUUCGCCAGUGAAUAUUUUCUAAAGCCUGAGUUAACCACUAAUCUGCUUGACAAGAGCCUGCCUGCUAAAUGCUAUGUCAGAGGGUGUUUGAAUCAUAUUUCAAGGGAAGCAGUGUUAACGAUGAGGAAAGCAUCAAGUCUACAGUGUGCCAGGGAAGGUCCUCUCUGCAGUGCAUGUGCGAGGCAGCGAAUUGGCCCCCUGAUCUACCUCCUCGUUUCUCCAGAACUGGGCAAACUGUGUUAGAGAGGGCAGAAGGGGUUCUGAUCCCCCUUUGAAAAUAUCCUUCAGCUGGGAAUGUGGUAGGAGAUAGCAGUGAGAUGGGUGAGAGCAUGUAAUUAUUGUUGGAAGAGAUCUAACAACCAUACGUCAUAUCAUCUCUAUCAGGAAGGACGUUGUAUCUGGAACUCCUUAGAAAUCUGAUGAAUAUAUCCUGCUAAUUUGCAACUUGGAUAAGGAUUUACAACGGCGUGAGUUUCUUGGCCACCCUUACCACUUCACCAACAUUGUCAGUCAUCAAGUAACACAGACACACACAAAAUGCUGGAAAACCUAUGCAGGUCAGAUGUCUAUGGAGAUAAAUAAAGAAUUGACACUUCAAGCAGAGACCCAUCAC